CAGGACCGGAAACACACAUGCGCCAUGGAGUCUGCACCCUUACCCUCGACCCUCCCGAUCCUGCCCCUCCCGCACCCGCUCCUGCUCCUGCCCACCGCCCGCACGACGCUCUUCCUCUCCGCGCCCGUCGGCGAAGCCCUCCUCCACCUCCUCCACGCCCGCGACCCGGACCUCGCCCAGCCCAUCCUCGGCGCCGUCCCGCUCCUGCCCCACCCCCCGCGGGACACCCAAUACAAGGGACACCCAUCCACCAACGCCCUCGUGCCCUACACCAAGGGGGCCGGCGCCGACGACAACAAGACCGCGCCGCCGACGCUGUGCGAGUACGGCGUCGCCGCGCGCGUCGUCCGCCUCGCGCGCGCCUCGCCGCAAUCCCUCCGCCUGCUCGGCGGCGGCAGCGGCGGCUCGACCGCGGCCCACUCGGCGGCCCCGCACGUGGGCGGGUACUCGCUCACCUUGCACGGCCUCGCGCGCAUCCGGCUCGCUUCGCCGGACGCGAGCGAGCGCGCGCUCCCGAAGAACUGCGAGGCCAACCCCGCCGCCUCGCUCGCGAACCGCGACGUCGAGUACCUCGCUUCUUUCUCGGCGGGGGAGCAGGAGGGCGUGGACGAGGCGCUCGUGGAGGGCUUCAAGAUCGCGACGCAUAGGCUGUUGGACCGGCUCGCGGCGGAGGGCGAGCGGCCCGGGAAGGAGGUGUGGGAGCGGAUCCGGCGCGUGGUGGACGACGCGAGGACGGACGCGACGAGGGAGAAGGGGAGCGUCGCGUGGGCGGCGGACGUGCUCGUCGCCGCCAUCGCCCAGGAAUACGAAGACAAGCUCGAGUACUUGUGCACGCCGACGCUCGCGGCGCGGCUGCAGCGCGCGACGGCGCUAUGCGUCAAGCGCACGAGCAUCCUCGAAGUGAGCUCCAAGGUCGCGAGCGACGUCGCGGAGAGCCUCGGGCGGCAGCAGAAAGACGCGCAGGGUCCGGCGCCGCCGCCCGCGAGCGACCUCGAUACGGACGAGGGCGCGGACGCGGACGAGCUCUCGGCGCUCCGGGCGAGGAUCGAGGCGCUCGUGCCGGGAUCCGAGGAGCGGAAGACGGCCGCUAGGGAGUGGAAGCGGAUGCGGAGGAUGCAGCCUAGCAGCGUCGAGGCCGGGGUCGUGAGGAGCUACCUCGAAUGGCUCGUGGCGCUUCCGUGGCCGACGACCCAGGGCGACCGCGCGAAAGAGAACGACGAGAUCUUGGGAGACCCGGCCUUCCUGCAGAAAGCGCGCGCGCAGCUCGAUCGGGAUCAUUACGGCCUGGACAAGGUCAAGCGCCGGCUCAUCGAGUACCUCGCCGUCGUCCGGCUUCGCGCCGCGGCGGAGAGGGAAGAAAGCGCGCGGGCGCAGGUGGGCAGCGAUCAGGGGAGGAUCGAGGAGGUGAAGGAGGGCGUCCACUUGGUGGGCGGCGAGGUGUCGUCGGUGUCGAAGGAGGCGCCGAAGAGGGCGCAGGGAGGCGUUAAGGGCCCGAUAUUGUUGCUUACGGGUCCGCCGGGUGUGGGGAAGACGUCGCUCGGGGCGUCGAUCGCGCGCGCGCUGGGCAGGCCGUUCGCGAGGGUGUCGCUUGGUGGAGUUCGCGACGAGGCGGAGAUUCGUGGACAUAGGAGGACGUAUGUUGCCAGCGGCCCUGGACGGAUCGUGCAGGCUAUCAGGAGGGCGGGUCGCUCGGAUAUGGUCAUGCUGCUCGACGAGAUCGAUAAGGUCGGACAGAGCAGCGUGCACGGUGACCCGAGCGCGGCGUUGCUCGAAGUUCUGGACCCCGAGCAGAACCACGCCUUCGUCGACCACUACAUCAACGUCCCGCUCGACCUCUCGCGCGUGUUGUUCGUGUGCACGUCCAACACGCUCGAGACGAUCCACCCCGCGCUGCUCGACCGGUGCGAGGUCGUCCGGCUCGCGGGCUACACCCACGCCGAGAAGCUCGCGAUCGCGCGCCGGUUCAUACUCCCCAAGCAGCUCGCCGCGAACGGGAUGGACGAGACGCGGUGCGUGGUCGACGACGCGUGCGUCGGGCGCGUCGUCGACGGGUGGACGCGCGAGGCGGGCGUGCGCAGCCUCGAGCGCGCGGUCGGCGCCGUGGUGCGGUAUAAGGCCGUGCAGUGGGCCGAGACGCGCGAUGCGGGGGCGGCGGAGAAGGGCGGCAAACGGUUUGAGCCGAAGGUGGGCGAGUGGGAGCUCGAGACGAUAUUGGGCCCGAGCUUUGGGAACGUGGAGGAGAGGGAGAGGGAGGAACGGCCUGGGCUCGUGUAUGGGCUCGUGGUGACCGGCCUUGGGGAGGGCGGGAUUAUGCCGGUCGAGACGGGGCUUGUGCCCGGGAGCGGGAGGCUGAAGCUUACCGGGUCGCUUGGCGAGGUGAUCAAGGAGUCGGCGGAACUCGCGCUGUCCUGGGUCAAGGCGCACGCGUACGACCUGUACGUCACCAAGGCGCGCGGCCAGGACCCGCUCAAGCAGGGGAUGGACGCCGUGGACGUGCACAUGCACCUGCCCGCGGGCGCGCAGCGCAAGGACGGCCCGAGCGCGGGCGUCGCCAUGGUCUGCGCGCUCGUCUCGCUCCUCACCGGCCUCUGCGUCCCGACGUCGAUCGCGAUGACGGGCGAGAUCACGCUCCGGGGCCGCGUCGCGCCCGUGGGGGGCGUGAAGGAGAAGGUGCUCGGCGCGCACCGGGCGCAGGUGACGAAGGUGAUCGUGCCGUGGGCGAACCGGCGGGAGGUCGAGCACGAGGUCGCGCCCGAGGUGAGGAAGGAGGUGGCGUUCGUGUUCGUGAGGAGCGUGGAGGAGGCGCUCGAGGCGGCGUUCGGGCCCCAGUUGAGGUGGAGGACGCAGACGCAGCAUGUGAUGCUCGAGAGUCGGCUGUAGGAGGAUAUCUUGAAUCGGAACGGACGGUGCUUUGCUGAGUCCCGGUCGGAAGUGGGCCGGGGCUGGAUACCAAGUGGAAUAGCUGUACAGUGUAUCAUUUGUUAAUGGCGGAGGUACGGUCUGUGGGAUAGGGACAUCGGAAAUAAACAGUCUUGUUGGAUCUC